AUGUCGCAGAACUAUUUCAAGCGCCCGGGCUACCAAGAUGGCGCCGUCGAUACUUACAUCACAGACCUCAAAGGCAAGCACAGUGGACUGUUCAACGCCGCCGGUCGGGGCUAUCCGGACGUGUCGGCGCAGGGAGAAGGCGUUCGCACGACUCAAGCGGGCUCGACUUACUCGACUACGGGCACGAGCGCAAGUGCUCCGAUCUUCGCUGCCGUGAUUGCGUUGGUGAACGAUGCGCUGAUCGCCAAAGGCAAACCACCGCUCGGCUUCCUCAAUCCACGGCUCUACGCUGGAGGGUACAAGGCCCUGACGGAUGUCGUGGGCGGACACAACGGAGCUUGUGAUGACGGAAAACCCGGGUUUACGGCGGUGAAGGGUUGGGACGCUGUGACCGGCUGGGGCACGCCGGACUUCAAGAAGCUCAAGGCAGCGGCGUUGAAGCAGUAA